AUGCGUAUCAUGGCAUGUCUUCGACGAUGCCUGUUUGUAGCUUUUAGUCUCAGUCUCAUCGGAUUGUCUUACCAAAAAGACCCCAUCGUUGACUUCUGCCGGCGAUGGGGUCAUUCAACGGCGCAGGUCGACGGGAGGUUAUACAUUGAUGGAGGCAUGAUUGAUUGGAACACGGACAACAUCAACUACACAAAUACCGCAUUGAUCUUCAGCGACCUCAAUGCUUCGACGGCGUACGGCCUGCCCUACCAGUACGCAAAUCUCUCGAAGCCUGCCGGAAUACCGAGUGUCUCUGGCGGUAUCCUCUGGCCCGAUGAAGUCAACAAAUGCUUCUACCAAUUCGGUGGAGCGUUCACGAACGGAACUCCGACCAAUUUCAGCAUGUGGACCUACGACGUACUGCGCAAUCAGUGGAAUCAGACUGCGAACAAGACAUCCGGUAUAUCCGCUACAUCACGAGUAGCUUACGGCGCCGGCGCACACAUUGAGGGUCUAGGCCUGGGGUACUACUUCGGAGGUUACAAGAGUAGUCAGACGGACCCACGGUGGACUGGCCCUCAGAUUGCUACAUCCGGCCUUGUUCGGUUUGACUACAGCACCGGCACCCUGUCCAACAGCAGCGGCCCUAACGACAACGUGGGGAGAGCCGAAGGCCAGAUGUUCUACCUACCAGCGUCAGACAAUGGUCUGUUAGUGUACCUUGGCGGCAUUGAGGACAAGAGUCAGAACGGCACCACAACACCACAAAUUCACAUAUACGACGUCCAGUCAUCGAAAUGGUAUACUCAAACUGCUACUGGCAACAUCCCUGAGGCCCGCCGUCAAUUCUGUGCAGGUGUUACCUGGGCGGAUGACCAGUCUUCGUACAACAUUUACCUGUAUGGAGGAUUCGGGUUUGAAGGGACACUCGCUUACGAUGAUGCCUACAUCCUUACUAUACCAUCAUUCACGUGGAUCAAAGCGUUCCCCACCAAAAACGGCACCGGACAGUGGCCACAUGGAGGCUGCACUGCCAACGUUGUCAACAAAGACCAGAUGAUCAUUAUCGGGGGUUGGUUUCCAGAAAACGGCCAUGAUUUCUGCGACUCGCCCGAAGUACAAGGACAGCAUGGCAUGAAUCUAGGUUACAACGGCGAGAAGAAGGCUUUGUGGGACAAGUAUGUUCCCGGGCUCUCGACAUACGCCGUGCCGACGCCAAUUAUAUCGGUGAUUGGAGGAGGACCUACAGGAGGCGCAACCAAAACGGCGCCAGCUUCCUGGGACAAUCCCGACCUGGCCGUAUAUUACACCCUCAAGGCUCCAUCUGUCACACGAACGGCAACGCGUGUCCUGCCCUCCAGCACCGGCACUUCUUCUGGGAGUUCGAGCAAGAGCAGCGUGGGCGCAGUCGCAGGUGGUGUCAUAGGAGGUCUUGCUGGACUGAUCGCCAUACUGUGUCUGGUCCUGUGCUGCAUGCACCGCAAGAAAGAGACCAAGAAAGAGAAGAAACAACCGCCUACCGAACUGCCCUCUCCAGUCGAAUUGGGUGUCACUACGCCGCCACAAGAGAUGCCAGUGCCUGGCAUGGGCAAGUAUAUGCCUUUGUAUGACCAGCAUGAGCAGUACUCGCCAUCGCCAUACUCUGGGAUUACAUCCAUGCGUUCUCCGCACUCGGCGUAUGCGCAACAAUCAUCGGUCUCUGGAUCACCGCCACAUAUUUCGUCUUAUAGCUCCCCUCACGACGCCAAUUACGCACAGCCCGCAUACCCACCGGCUUUACGUCUUCCAUCUCCGUCUUGGGAGCAUGCACAGUUCUCAACCAUCGACACUCGGUACACACAGCAAAGCCAUCCUUUGCCAACGUCGCCCGCCUACCCUUCGUACGCUCCUCCUGCGGAAGCACAGCUAUACUACCCACCGCCCCGUGAGGCUGCAUAUCAGACUCCUGAGGUAUCUCCAGCCACUUAUAGUGGCUACAAAUCUGCUCAGUAUCAUGAUAAUGUCGCGUCGCCAUUGUCGCCGUCUCCAGUCAGCGCGAUGCCAACGCCCACCCAGUUCUAUACGCGACCAGCACCAUUUCCUAGCAACACGCAGUCGUUCUACGCACAGCCACCGAACGAUUACGGAACAUAUGGAGACGACUCGGAACCUCAAAGGCGGCCGAAGUAUGGGCGCUUUGUCGAGGUCGAUCAUGCAUAG